AUGGCUGAUGAUUUCAAAAGAUCUCUGUACAAACAGCUACAAAGUGUUGAAGGUCUUCAUGCCAUUGUGGUGACGGACAGAGAUGGCGUCCCAGUUAUCAAAGUUGCCAAUGACAACGCUCCCGUCCAUGCCUUGAGACCGGGUUUCCUAUCCACGUUCGCUCUGGCCACAGACCAGGGCAGCAAACUGGGCCUGUCCAAGAACAAAAGCAUCAUCUGCUACUACAACACCUACCAGAUCAUCCAGUUCAACCGUCUGCCCCUGGUCAUCAGUUUCAUUGCGAGCAGUAACGCCAACACAGGUCUGAUCAUGAGCCUGGAGAAGGAACUGGCUCCUCUAAUAGAUGAUCUGAGACAGGUGGUGGAGGUGACAUGA